ACCACCCACGAAGAAUAAACCCGGAAGUGUCCGAAUCAAAACAGUUGAAUAUUUGACAGCUUUCUGUUAUCCUAGUGAAGCUUUUGGGUUUUUAACUUUAUACGGAAACCAUAAAUGCCGGUCUGUGAAGCUAACAGCGCCACUUUGAUGCCGUCCUCGGAGACCGGGGCAACAUUUUACGUGACUGUGGAGGAAUGUUUAACCGAGGAAAAGUCUUAUUCUUUUGGGACAGUUUAUCUAGUAGCUGCCGCCGUUGCUGCUUAGCUUCUGCAGCUAACGACUGUCGUUAUUUCGAAGACUUAUGGGCUGAACAUGACCAUAUAUAGACCGGCCACCGAGCUUCAUCGCCGGUCAGACCUAGACCAACAUGAUGCUAAACAAUAACAGGUUUCAAUGCAGUUUGAAAGAACGCGAUGAGUAAAUAGUAAAAUCGGAAUUUAAUGCUAAUUCAACCUAAAAUAUUUAAAGAAAGAGCGUAUUACCAUCACAGUCGCAGCGUUGAAAUAAUUAAUGUACUCUUGGUUUUAGGUGUAGAUGUUAAUAAAGAUGUGUUAUGUGCUACAUCGGAGGCAUUAUUCUAUUAACCAAUGUCUUUAUGACUGAACGACCCUUUCUGUCUGUUCAUUUAUAUGUAGUAGAAUUUAUUUUAUUUAUAUCGCUGAUUUGAUUGUUAUUCUAAUGUUUUCUUUUUGCAUUCAGAGGACCAGAAUGUGUGGUCAUCAGUUCAAAGAAUUUAAAUCUGUCUGAAUUUUGUUAGUAUUAGUUAGAUCUUGUUAUUCAACUUGUAAAACCACAUGUCCUUCUCUAUUCUAUUUAUUUUGUUGCGCUGUUGAAGCGAGGUGAAGCUCAUACCACCUGAAGGGCAGAAAAAACAGGUUACAUGAGGCCAGAUUUAUAAAGAAAAAUCAUCCACGGUCAUUUCAUUGGAGCAUAAUACAAUUCGAUAUCAUCGACAAAUUGUUCAUCGAAGCUAAGCUAAUUAAGCUCAGGAGAACAAACUUAAGAUCAGCGUCAUGUCGUCUGACCAAGUCAUUGCCAUCGUUGUUGAAGACAAAAUUUAUGAAGUGAAUAAGAAGAAGCUGAUAGAGAAAAGUGACUAUUUCCGUGCACUGUACAGCUCUGGUAUGAGGGAGUCCACGGAGGACUCUGUUCAGCUGCAGGGACUCAGUAUCCCAGGUCUGGAGCUGGUGUUAGAGUUCAUCAACACCUCGAAGGUCCAGAUUGUUAAUGAGACUCUGGAGGACUUGAUUGAGACGGCAUCCUUCUUGCAGGUCACCUCCAUCCUCAAGCUGCUGACCUCAGAGAUCCGACUGGACAACUGUGUGGAGCUGUACAGCCUGUCAGAGGUUUAUGGAACUCACGACCUGCGCAAUGCCUGCCUUAAAUACAUGAGCUGCUACUAUCAUCCCAUGUUGAGGCGGUCUGAGUUCAGAAGCCUCCCCUCAGCUGUUCAAGUCCAGGCCAGGGAGAUGCGCAUGAAAGGCACAGCCACCCUGGUGGCCAUUGGAGACUUUACUUGUCUGUCCUUGGAUGUACCGGAUCAGGAUGAACCGUGGUCCAUGCUGAGGUACGGGGAGGUGGAACAGCGGUGGAAACCUCUGGCUAAUAACCUGCCUCCAGACAUGAUCAACGUCAGAGGAUACGGCUCCGCUGUCCUCGACAACUACCUGUUCAUCGUCGGUGGCUACAGGGUGACCAGUCAGGAGAUUUCUGCCGUACACUGCUACAACCCCAGUCGUAACGAGUGGAACCAGGUGGCGCCACUCAACCAGAAACGGUCCAACUUCAAGCUGCUGGCAGUUCAAGGAAAGUUGUUCGCUGUAGGAGGUCAAAGUCUGGGUACGGUGGAGUGUUACAGCCCAGAGCAGGACUGGUGGACCUGCAUGUCCUCCAUGCCUGACCCGCUGGCGGAGUUUUCUGCCUGUGAAUGCCAAGGAAUGAUCUACGUCAUGGGCGGUUAUACUUCAAGAGACAGGAACACAAACGUCCUCCGCUACUGCCCCACCUCCGACACAUGGAUGGUGUUCCGCUCCUGCUCUGCGCACAUCCGUAAGCAGCAGAUGCUCUCCGUUGAGGACACCAUCUACCUGGUGGGCGGCUACACCCACGAGCUGGAGUCGAGCCACAGGCAGCGACGCCCCAGCCAGACGGAGGAUGUGCUGACUGUGCAGUCGUACAACGUCUCCACAGGCGAGUGGAUCCAGUUGAAGGAAAACACGUCCAAGUCGGGCCUGAACCUGACGUGCACUCUGCACAACGACGGCAUCUACAUCAUGAGCAGGGACGUCAGCCUGCCCACCAGCCUGGAGCACCGCGUCUUCCUGAAGUACAACAUCUUCUCCGAUGCCUGGGAGGCUUUUAGAAGGUUCCCUGCUCUGGGUCAGAACAUGCUGCUGUGUUCACUGUACCUCCCCAACACACUAUGAUGCACAGGAAGGAGCAGAGAGAGAGGAGAGAGAGACUGAGACAGACAGUGGAGGCCAACAUGGAGCAGUAUUGGGAUACUUCACAUUGUAUGAGGUACUGCAGUGUGGUUGUAUGAGCUGCUGCCAUCAGACUGCCAGUGUGUACAUGAGGACAAUUAGACUUUAAGCACUCGACCAAAAGAUAAUUUAAUCAAAUCUACACCUGCUAAAAUGUACGGCGCAAGAACCGAGACAUUUGUUCUCUUUUUUUUUCUAGAGUUUGAUUUGGGAGUUCUCUCAGCUUGGUCUCAACAUUUGAGCAGAACGUUUCCCUCCCAUUUUCCAUAAUUAGUCCAAAUUUGAAGGGGGCGUGGUCAACUCUGUUACCUGAUUGUAUUGUGUUUGACCAUGCCCCCUAUGUUUAUUGUUUUCCCUCUUAUUACAACGCCUCCUUCAUCACCAACUAAUGAUUUCUCCUUGUGACACUGACAAAAUGAGGUCACAGUACAACAGUGUUUACUGAGUGGUUUUAAUUUCCUCAUGUCCCCACUUCUGGUCAAGUUUACAGUAGUGACGAGGAUCCACAGCUCAGGCUGGUUCUCCGUCUCCGGCGGUGUCAGUACUUUGUGUGACAACACUGAACUGUUCCUAUUAAACAGGCCAGUGUAUGACAGGCCUCUGCCUGAGGCAUUGAUGAGAGACUUUGGCUCAAAUGUGCCUCAACAUAAGAAAAAAAAGCACUACAUUAUUAAUCUAACUGCUCUGGUUACAAAUACAAGCUUCAGUGUCAGGGAUGAUGAUGACAAAUCACCGUGGCCCAUUGAAUCACACUUGAAAACAAAAGCCUGUGUUGGUUAGGGUGAGUUUGAGUAGGAGAGAGUAUUCUGGAAUUAACAUUACAGUUUAUACCAGAACAUUUAGGUUGUUUUUCCAAAAGAUUUUAGAUUGGUAUUUGAAGAUCAAGGUGCUUCGGUGAAAGGAAGACUUUUUCCCCACAGUGUGUGUAAAUAACGACGUGUGUAUUGAUUAUUAGAGCAACUACAACUUGUAUACAGUGCCUGCCAUUUUGCCCAUGGGUUAAAAUGCAUCAAACAUAUGAUCUGAUUAGUUAAAGUUAUUACCUCGGUUAACAUGUUAAUUUUGGCAAUCCUACUUUAAAUUCAAUUACUAGCCUAAAAGUAUGUAACACUUCAACUACAUCCAAUGAUAAAUAUUCUUCUCACCGCACGAUGACUUGGAUUUAGAAGAAGGUGUAAAUUAGAAUCCAAAGACAUGACAGACACAAACAAACAGGGCCGGCUUUAAAAUGAACGAGGCCACAAACGUCGUCCAUGUUUACACUGUUCACUUGACACUGGUGAAAGUCUGUUUCCAUACGUCACUAAAAUCAAAAGACAUUUCUGUUACUUUGACUUCCUCUGAGUUGUACAUAUGCAGAUAUAAACAGUAUCAAUGGCUUUGGUUUUACACUGCCGCACUAACACCGACAGGACGAUGGGGGGUGGGGGGCUUCACUUUAUGAAAACUUGCACACUGUUUUUGUUUUUGUUUUGAACAGACACUCGAAAAGCUUAAAGGGCAAUUCCUGGAAAUUGCACAUGUGCCUUCUGCAAACCUCAGUUAUCGAAAUACUUGUUAUAAAUUUUUAUUUAAAAAAGAAUAUAAAAAAUGCACAACAUGCUAAGAACGACUGACCAAAACUGCUGUGUUUGAUUUUCGUUUUCUGCUAAAUGAGGCUGUUUUAUUUAUUUAUUUUUUUUGUUUUUCAAAGGGUCUUUGUACUGUCCUUGAUAAAGUCCUGAAAUAAAGGAUUAACUUAAAGAUCCAACAUCAGUGUCCACUGUUUCCUGAAUUUUGGGAUUUUUUUUUAACAAUCAAACCUGCGCAGUGAAUCACAACACCAUAAAUUCAUGACAUCAGGCUCAACAGAAUUAAACAUCUAUGUAAACGAGACAGGAAUAAAUACGCUAUCUGACCAACAGAGGGCAGCACCGGAUUAAAAAAACCCCAGCUGUUUACCUUCAGUACAUUAAACGUGAUUUUUGAAA